UUUGUUGUGCAUUUGUGGCAGUGAAAGCAACGGUGAUCAUAAAAAGUCUGCAAUACGUAGGCUAAAUUCUAUUUCAUAUAUCAGAUACCAGAAUUAGUGAAAUGGCUCCCUUGUCCACUGGGAAAUUGAUCUUCGUGAUUCUAACCACGGCUUCAGGAAUGAUUCCUCCGGAGCUAGAGCAACCAAUACCCGACGAACCUUCUGCGUCCAAGUGUUCCGUUUCCCCGCCUCGGUAUGGAGUUGGAUACCGCAACUGCCACGAAAUACAGCAAAAAGGCAAAAUAACCAAUGACGGAGUUUACACCAUCUAUCCAUACGACAGCAGUCCUCACCGUCCCGUUGCCGUCUUCUGCGACAUGGCGACGGAAGGCGGAGGCUGGACGCUCAUACAGCGAAGGGAGAACAUGACCGGAAAGGAAAGUUUCAGGCGAACCUUCAUCGAGUAUGGCCUGGGAUUCGGAGACCCGGAGCAGGAUCACUGGCUUGGCUUGGAUCACGUCCACGCACUCACGAACCAGGGACACAGCCAGAUACGAAUCGACAUGACCGAUUUCGACGACGACGCGUUCUGGGCUGAGUACGACUUCUUCUACGUGGGCGAGAGGGAGAGACGAUACGCCCUCGAGGCCAAGUAUUACAGGGGAGAUGCUGGGGAUUCCCUCUCCUUUCAUAGCGGGAAGGAUUUUCAGGAUAAUAUGUACAGCGAUUCCUAUGAAUCCCUGGGCGGUUGGUGGCACGCGAGAGGCAAGAAAUGCAACCUCAACGGGGUCUUUUCGGGUCAGAGUAAACACUGUGAUUCUAGCGUCUUCUGGAGCUCCGGUGACCACUGCCACUCUCUCAAGGCCACGUCCAUGAAGAUCAGACCUAACUACUAACUCGAAACGGAGAUACGGGAAGAGAGAGAGAGAGAUGAGAGGUAGAGACA